AUGUACAACCUCGCCAAAGUCUUCCUCUUGUCGCUCCUUGCAGCCCAUGUGUCUGCAGUCCCCCACGCAGGAGAUGGGAGACUCAUGAGGCGUCAGGUUGACAACACCACUCCUACUCUGCCGCUAACUUCGCCUGCAACCAGCACAACAAUAAGCUCGACCUCUACUUCUUCUACAUCGACGAGCCCCUCUGCACCUGAAACCUCCACCUCCUUGUCGAGCAGCUCUUCAACGUUGUCGUCGUCAUCAUCAUCUUCAACCAGCUUGGCUGCUUCUACUAGCGUAAUCAGCAGUGCUCCAUCCUCAACGACUUCUUCCACCUCACUUUCGUCUUCGGCAUCUGCCCCGCCGGUCACGUCCAGUGCCUCAUUCACAACUACUGAGAGCUCAUCAACAUCAACUUACCAGGUGACAACCACUUUGCCCGACGGUACACUAAGCACUGUCACCGCCGUCACCGUUGUUGCGGCCAGCCCCGCUGCUGAGACUUCCAGCUCCAAAACCGGAACCUCGUCACCCAGUCUGCAGACUGGAGGCGCUGCUUCUCCUAGCCAUGGCAUGAAGGUGGAAAUGGCAGCAAUGCUAGCGGGUGCUGCUGUGUUUGCCAUUGCUCUGUAA